GAACUGUCAAUGUUUACAAUUAACUCUUGCGAGGAUUCAAAUGUAAAUCUUCUUUACCAGCGACACCCAUGAACAAAAAGAGACGAGAAACAUUCGCCACCAAUCUUAGUACUAAAAACUCUAAAGAUUUGUGAAGCUGUCAUGACUUUGCUAGCAUUUGGAUUUGAAGAAGUUGCCAAAUAGGUGAUGGCAUCCGUCGCUUGGGUUGUGAAGAACGUAUAUGCGCACUAAUUUUGGAAGUGCAAUAUCUCCCUCAAGGGAUGUACCGGGAGAAACACGUCGGUAGUGCUUGCUACGGAGAAUCCCUAACAUUCGAAGGACACGAGGAAGUUGGGAGAAUAAUCGAGGAAUCACCACCAAGAGCGCCGAAAUGACUGCAGCUCUAUCUUCUCAUGAGUUAUUUGAGAUGUUGCAGUCGCUGUCUGAGAAACAACCCGAGGAGGUGCAUAGGAAAGACUGGGGCGUAGGUUCGGAAAUAUAUUGUACCGUUGAAGAAGACGCAGCAACAUCUCCAAGCAGUUUACCUCAGCCAGUACAACCAGUAGCUGAAGAACAGCUAGAGGAGGUGUUUUGUGUGAAAUGGGGUUCAGCUUCUGAUAUGCACUGGCAACUGGACGAUACUAAAAGCGCUAUUUACAAGUAUCUGUUAGAGUACGGUCAACGAGAAUUUCCAUCCCACAAGAAAACUCUAAAACAGCUAAAAAAGAACCUGGCGCGGUUUAAAGAUGAGGAUCAACUCCGUGACACAAUGACGAGCGUGACGGAAGAAAGGUCGAGCACUUUUCACGCACUCAUCGCUGAGGUCGCGAGUCACGUAAUCGUUGCAACCGUGCGUUUGAAACAGCCAGGUCUGCGGAAGUUUUACUCCAAUGGCAUCGGAAAGCACGUAAUGACUUCUGUGGAGAGGAAACAUUCUUGUUUGAUAGAGAUACUUGACGACAAGACACAGGCUUCCUCCAGUGACGAGAUCGAAACUUGCUUUGACAGUGCCUUAGCUGAGUUUGAGAAGAUCUCGGAUGUCUUCAAAACACAUAUGGGUUCUCCAAAAAUUGUGGACGAGAAGGUUUGGCGCGAAAGGAGCUGGAAACGAACCUUCCCUGAACUGUCAGCGGAUCGCAGUGAGAGCACAUGGAUUAAGAACACGCAGAUAUGCGUAUGCAUGGGCGAUGUGACGAAAGAAACAACUGACUCUUUGUUGAUCAUAAAUACAAAUACACUGGAGCUGAAGAAAGGUGGUCAGUUAAACAAAAGUCUCGACCAUGCUGCUGGCCCUACUGUCCGAAAUGAGUGCAAGCGCAUCAUCUCCAGAGAUGGUGCGCAACUUCCCGGCAACAUAGUAAUGACAGGAGGUGGGGAUCUCCCCUCUAAGAACAUAAUACAUGUCAUCGCUUACCCAGGCUCUCCGCAGAUCCUGGAUCUUCAGAUGGGAGUGAAAAUGGGUCUAAAGUUCGCAGACGAAAGAGGAAUGGGUUCUAUAGUUCUACCAGCGAUAGGCGCGGGGGCCAUGGGACUGUCACCAUCAAACUCGGCCCGGGUUCUUUCAAGGGGAAUUCUAAGCUUUCUUGAGACGCCCCCACGGACCAUCAGAGAGAUAAGAAUUGUCCUAUUCAACGCAGAUCUAUUGUCGACGUUUCGCGAUGAGUUGAAAAACGAAUUCGCCCCCAUUCAAGCCCUUGAGGGCUUUUCCCCGCUUUCUAUGCCUGCUGAGGAAGAAGACUGUAUGACUGAGAUGACACCUUCGGUGGUCGAAUUUCCCAAAGAGUGCGGAAACACUCCGCCGACUAAGACGGCAGAGUUUCGAGUGUAUGGCAAAGAUAGGAAGUGCGUUACCACUGUCAUAAACAGUUUGCGUGGCAAGUUUAUGAAAUAUUGCACAGUACAAAAAGUAACUCACAAAGAGAUUCCUCGGUUGAUUCAAAGCUGCUGGGCGUGGCUUCGACACGUGGCAUCAAAACAUGACACGGAUAUUAAAAAAGAUGAGCAAAACAGAACUCUUAUAGUAGGCGGCAAUUCAGACGAUGUUUGUGUGGUUGUGAGUUGUAUUCGGCAGAAAAUCGAUCAGCUCAUCGAGAAUCAGCAAGUACUUGAAAAACGUAAAUUGAUGACGCAGUACAUGCGGUGGCAUUAUGUUAUCCUUGACCAGGAAAUUCCUGUCAACGAGGUAGUCAGCUCAAUGAUAGAAGAGGCGUGGACUAAGAAACAAGAUGGAGUUGCAUUCUGUAUGAGUAAUAACACUUACAAAGUGAAUUUUAAGUCCAUGACUGUUGUGUCGAGCGACAUGAAAUACCAACCACUCCGGCUGAGUCGGAAGUUAUUUACAGAAACCGGUGUUGUCACUCCAGAUUCUUGGUCAACGCAACCUUUCUUCGCAGACGGAAAACCAUUUCCAGUUGCCAUGUUUACCGUUGCCCCUUCCGCAGACAUGGAGUACCAAAGCGUUGCCAACACGUUUUAUAGUACUGGUGGCCCGGGUACGAUAGUCAGCAUCGAGCGUGUUCAGAAUCCAUGUCUUUACACGCAGUACAUCGCUUAUAAGCAGGAGGUUGAGCGGACAAACAGUCGAUUCGAUCGAUACGUAAGGAACGAGUUACAACUGUUUCACGGGACGAAAGGUUCGAAUGUUAACUCCAUUAACAGGCAAGGAUUCAACAGAACCUUUUCUGGAACGAUGCACGGAGCGGCCUUUGGCAAUGGGGUGUACUUCGCAUCUAGAGCGUCCUAUUCUAAGGGCUACACGGCCCCAGAUAAAAAUGGACUGAGACACAUGUAUCUGGCUCGAGUCGUUGUGGGUUUUUACACCUUAGGACAGAGAGGGCUACUUGUUCCUCCCGCGAUAUCCAGUCAUGAACCAGAAGUUCUUUUUGAUUCUGUAGUGGACAACACGGAAAAUCCAUCCGUUUUCGUUGUAUUUCGAGACGCGCAAUGCUAUCCGGAAUAUCUCAUCACUUUUAAGACUUGAGUCAACCAUCACUUUCUUUCAUACUUCUCAUUAUUGCGUGACUAGACACGGCUGUUGCGUGACUUCAUUCUUUUCAAUCCAGUCGUAACGCAAUCUUCUACAAACGUUGAAACAAGCGCAGUUGUGUUGUUUCGUGUUGUUGUUGCCCUCCUAAAAUACUAUGAUAAUGCAAAGUUCAGAAUUAACAAUCCUCAUGGAAUUUUUUUUUCCUGUUUGGAGAAAUGCUGUUGUUAAAUAAUCUCCUUGUUACAACAACUUCAUGUUUAAAAGUAAUCAAAAUAUUAGGUAUUAUCUUUAAACAAUUGCAAAACACUGGGUAUAGGAAAAAGAGAAUUGGGAGUUAUAAAAUAAAAACAAAAGUUAAAAAAAUCCCUUUGUAUUCUUUUAGCUACAAUUUAACUAAUAUCAUAACCUAAUAAU